AUGGGUGUCCGGUGGUUGCUGCUGCUGCUCGGGUGGAGCCGGGCUGGCGGCUGCUGGCAGCCCACGGCGUGUCCCCACAACGAGUCGUGGCCCUGCGUGCCCAAGUGCUGCCACAUGGGCAGCGCGUUCGACCACUCUUCCGGCGCCUGUCUGCCCUCCAGCGUGCCAUUCGACCCCAUUUUCGCCGGAGGACCCGACCCGGGGCCCAACUGCCUAAGGUGUAACCUCAUCGUUGGAGAACCUUGCCCAGACAAGUACAUGCUGGACGUGGACGACGAGUACCAGCUGUUCGCGAACGGCUCGCUGCGGCUGUGGGACGGCGAGUGGCUGGGGCCGGACGACUUCUGCGUGGACGCCUACUGGUCGCAGCUGCGCCAGCUGGCCGUGGCGCUGCCGCUGCUGUGCUACACGGGCGGCGCGCCCGACAGCGCCGGCGAGCACGCCAUCCGCUACGUGCUGUACCCUCUCGGCCUGCUUGUGUCGGUGCCGUUCCUGGUGGUGACGGCGUGGGUGUACCUGCGCUUCCCGCAGCUGCGCGACCUGCACGGCCGGGCGCUGGCCAACCACGCGCUGUGCCUGGCCGCCGCCUACCUCAGCCUCUCCGUCACCCAGCUGGCCGGCCACCGCUUCUCCACCGGAGCCUGCAUCGCCUUCGCGUUCCUCAUCCAGUUCUCGUUCCUCGCGGCCUUCUGCUGGCUCACCAUCCUCGCUCUGGACACCACGUGGAAGGUGCUGAGCGUGACGGGGCGCCUCCCGUACCCCGAGCAGCGGCCGCGGCAGUGGCGCGCGUGGGCGGGCUACUCGGUGUUCGCGUGGCUGGCGCCCGCGCUCUGCCUCGUCGUGACGCUGCUGGCGGACAUCCAGCCCAGCGUGCCGCCCUCCUUCGUCAGGCCCAGCCUCGGAACCGCCAGCUGCUGGUUCAGCAAUAAGGAGGCGGCUCUGCACUACUUCUACGGGCCAAUCGGCCUGCUGUUCCUGCUGAAUGCCGGCCUGUUUGCCGUCAGCAUCUACCAGACCUGCUCCUACCCGCCGGCCUUCAGGGACAGGUCGCCCACAGAGAGGGUGCGGAUGGUGGUGACGCUGUUCGUGUCGAUGGGCGUCAGCUGGACGAUGGAGCUGGUGUCGUGGGCGGUGGGGGGCCCGGUGUACGCGUGGGUCGUGCCCGACCUCAUCAACAUCCUGCAGGGCGCCAUCCUGUUCGUCAUCUUCGUGCUGGAGCCCAGCGUGAAGCGGGUCGUCUUCGCUGACAGCGACGCCAGGCGUCCGCGGCUGGUGCCCACCUCUCUGGAGUCCUCGCGGCUGCAGCCCGUCUGACCGGGCCCCGCGCUCUACGGCAUUGCCUGGUCAGCACCUGUUCCAUACAGAGGGCCAGCCAGCUACAAGGCACUACAAGCUUCCAGCAUUUGGCUCGACUGAAAUAUCUUCGGCCACGCGAUGUCAAAUCCUUCACUGUUAAGUCCGACAAAAUGUUGAUGUACUUCAGUAUGUAGUCUCAGUGCGAAAAUGAAACAGCAUUAGAAGACGAAAGUAUCGAAUUAGCUUUCCAGAAUUCCGACAUAUGCGCUUCAGAGCAGUUCUGAAACUGUGGCCCAGGAAAAUCCAGUGGUUAUUGAAAACAUCACAGAGGUUCCGGUGAAAAAUCACGGACCAAUUAAACAUUCAGUGUGUUAAGCAUUGAACUAAUCUUAUCUCUCAGUACGAAAACGAUUCCGUUUUACCGUGUUCAUUCGUCAUACUCAACUCGAACCUGCGACCUUUGCCAUUCAUGGGCAGGUGCUCUACCGAAGUUGUAUUUCAUUCAAAUCAAGUAUACAAUCCAGUAAAUCACUUAUUUCUAUAGACCACAUCUAUAAACAGCUUUUAUAUUAUGACCUUCAAGGAGUUGAAGCAAUACUUCACUGAACUAAUAAAAAUACAGAGAAAUUUAACCCCCACUAACUAAUAGUUAACAAGGUUUUCGAAACUGGAUGUAUAAUGUACAGAUAAAAAUUUCUAAAUGGUUAUCUGCGAAAAGUCACUAAUUGCUACUAAUUUACAAACAAUAGUGGUAUUCAUGUGUCCCAUCACUUUUGUUUGUUAUUCUGAAGGUGACAGGCGUAAGUGAUUAAAUGAGUGGCUCAGGAUCGUUACCUUCUGAAUUAUAUCUUGAGAUUCUUUUUUCAGUUUUUUGCAGGCCACCACUUUGUUUUUCUUCUUCCUUAGUAACCCUAUUUUUCAUUAAAAUUCUUUUGGACCAUCUUCUAUCGUAACCGUAGUUUCCGCCAUAGUUUUAACUUGUCCAGCAAGCUUCUUGUCAACUUCUAUCGUUUUUCUGAGCUUAAUCCUUUUUGUCAACCAAAUUCUCCCUCAAAGUUUUAGUUGGCUAGUGUCACACUGAAGAAUGAUUUAUCCGCUACAUUACUCCUUUUUUAACACUUACUUCUUCAUUCAACUUUGUCUUCCCCUCUUUAGCUCCUCACUUAUAAUUUCAUAAGUUAAUUUAUUUCUAUCCUAACUGCGUUUGCCAAAUGUGCACAGCUUUUUACAAAGGGAUUUAUUCCGUUGAAAUCAUUCACGGAUUCUAUGCUCUUCUUCCUUACCUGCCCAUCUGCCUCGCAACCCGCCCUCACAGCUUUACUUCUGGCUGUACAUCUCUUAUCUUCCUUACUAGCACUACUGGAAGGAACGAUAUUGUCGAGACAUUGCUUACCCAUAGGUUAGGCGAUUGCUUUCACUGCAGAAUGAAUAUUCAUUCUCGAAGCAAUCCUCAAGGCUGUGACUAAGCCAUAUCUCCACAACAUACUUUCUGCCAGAAAUGCUAAUCCAGAGAGAUAUUCAGGUGAACUUGUGUGAUGUUUGGAAGGUUGGAUAUGAGGUACUGGCGGAAGUAAAUCCUAGAGUUUGGGUCGAGAGUUGUUUGGAUAGCUCAGCCGAUAAAGCAACAGCACGGGAAAUGAAAAGGUUCCAGAUUCAAGUCCCAAGCCGGCACAGAGUUUCAAUUCGCUAGGAAGUUUUAAAUCAGCGUACACUUCACUGGAAAAUGAGCAUUCAUUUUGGAAAUAAAGCGACUUUUUACAGCCUCAUUUUUAUUUUGCACGAAGAUGGUUCAAAUGGCUCUGAGCACUAUGGGACUUAACAUCUGAGGUCAUCAGUCCCCUAGAACUUAGAACUAAUUAAACCUAACUUAACCUAAGGACAUCACACACAUCCAUGCCCGAGGCAGGAUUCGAACCUGCGACCGUAGCGGUCGCGCGAUUCCAGACCGUAGCGCCUACAACCGCUCGGCCACUCCGGCCGGCUCUCGUGGACAAGCGGUACUUACAGAAUAGUAACGCGUUUCGCAGAAGAGUUUUAAGUUCGAUUUCUACAAAGCACUUCAUACCAACAGACAACUGCUUCCUGUUAUGUAAAACAUCAAAAGUUGAAAGGUCAUCUAUUGAACAAUUCUCUCCACGUAGCAAAAACAUAAGGUCGAACCUGGGCACAUUCAAACUUUCUCCCUACUUCUAUGUGACAAACAACUUGACAAAAGCGUCUCAAACCGAAAAUUUGUAACAACAUUGCUCAAUACCGAUUUAUCAGUUGCUGGAAAAUUCUUGUUUUAGGCACUUGGCCUAAAUGUACACAGUGGUUAAUUAAUACAGUACACGCGUAUUCCAAAUGCGUCUAGUAGCUAUCACAGUCAUACGUUUGAGUAUCGCUUAUGUGUGGGGCUGGUAUAAAUCUUACAGUGAUGUUAGAGAAGCGAAAAUUACCAUAAUAUGAGAGCUUGCUUCCGAACAGGUAAACGACAAUCCAACGACGCAACUUGUCUUUCUGAAGUGCGACGAAGCUAUACAUGACCUAACCAAAACAAAUCACUAUUUAUCUCAGUAAACAACUAACUGUCGUACCGCACUAUUCUUGCAUGAGAAUUUUUCGACCUUGAACGGGGUCCGUACUCAGUGACAAGUUCCACGAAAGUUACACAAGUCAUUGCAAGUGGAUGAGGGAGAAAGGCGGGCCCACUGCGCACCAUAACGGAAAACGGUAUGCAGAGAAAUUUUUAUCCGUCAGACGAAAGAAUGCAGACGUUUGUGGAAUCAAAUCGGUCGGACUUUCAAAGCUACUAUCACUAUAUGGAAAAUCUGCUAAGUACACAAAUUUUACCGCAUCAGACUAGAUUCUUUCGUGUCAGACUUGUAAGGGAGAUUUUCUUGUAUAACUUAAGAUCUUGUCUGUAGCAAACUGCUCAUCUGCUUUCAUUGAAGAUAUCGGUCAGAAUGGAGCGUCAGUUAAAGGCCGGAGAAUGGCGCACUAGUAAUCCAUGAAAAAUAGUGCCGCAGCAACGCGAGCAGUACCGUUUCCUUUAUGCGAGAUCUGGUUUAAUGAUGUACUGCGUAUGAAGUAACAGCAUUUAGUACUCACAUUAGGUGUCGCACGCUGUCAUAUUUAUGAGAUUCCUACGCCACAGCACUUCAUCUUGUGUAACAAGCGUACUUAAACUGCUAUAUUUUCUGCAGGAGUCAAACAACACAGGCAACCUACUCCAGUUGUACAAUUGUGUUAAGAAUUUGAUACAUUUACUGCUAAUUUAUUUGUAACUAUUACUGACGUUUGUAUUACUUCUUAAAUAAAUGUUGUUUUUAAUUAAA